UCCGCUGCAGACGUCAGCGCAGCGGCAGCGGCGGACGGAUGGCGCGGCGCGCCGCGGCGCAGCGCAGCCCUCACUCUGCGCGCUGCCUGCGCCAGCGACGCACACGAAGCUGGACUGAGACUGAGCGCAGCUCGGCGGUUUCAUUCCUGAGCUCAUCGGUGAAGCUGCUCCUUCAAUCUAUGUCUGAUUUAAAGGAACCUGGACUCUUUUUACCGCUGCUCAAGGCGCAUCUCUGGUUGUUCGACUUAACUGGACUCAAAGCAGGUUUAAAAUGAACGAAGGACUAGAGAGCAACUCCACUCAACUGUACGACAACUGGACGUUUUAUAAGUCCACGGCGGAGUCGGUCACUCCCAGGAGGAACAUCACGUAUGUUGGAUACUACCUGCACCAGCCGUCCACCGCCGCCAUCUUCAUCGUGUCCUACCUGCUGAUCUUCGUGGUGUGCAUGGUGGGAAACGGAGUGGUGUGCUUCAUCGUGCUGAGGAGCAGAAACAUGCGGACUGUGACGAACCUUUUCAUCCUGAACCUCGCUGUGAGCGACCUGCUGGUGGGGAUUUUCUGCAUGCCCACCACUCUUCUUGACAACAUCAUUACAGGAUGGCCAUUUGGAAGCCUGGUCUGUAAAAUGAGCGGCAUGGUUCAGGGGAUUUCAGUCUCAGCCUCCGUCUUCACACUGGUUGCCAUCGCAGUUGACAGGUUCCGAUGCAUCGUCUACCCGUUCAAGCAGAAGCUCACCAUUUCCACGGCGUCUCUGAUCAUCGUGGUAAUCUGGGUCCUGGCCAUUUCCAUCAUGUGUCCGUCCGGUGUGAUGCUGCAGGUGACCAAGGAGCACACCGUCCGCGUCUUACUGGGCUACGACAACCAGACCAGUCCUUUCUACUGGUGCAGAGAGAACUGGCCCAACCAGGAAAUGAGGAAGAUCUACACCACCGUCCUGUUUGCGAACAUCUACCUGGCGCCCCUGUCGCUCAUUGUGAUUAUGUACGCCCGGAUUGGGAUUACGCUCUUCAAAACCGCCGUUCCGACGGGAGGAAAGCCGGGCGCCGACAACCGCCACAGCGUGUCGAAGAAGAAGCAGCGGGUGAUAAAAAUGCUCCUGAUCGUCGCUCUGCUCUUCAUCCUGUCCUGGUUGCCUCUCUGGACCCUCAUGAUGCUGAGCGACUACGCCAGCCUGACGGAGCAGCAAUACAGGAUUAUCAACAUUUACAUCUACCCCUUCGCGCACUGGCUGGCCUUCUUCAACAGCAGCGUCAACCCCAUCAUCUACGGCUUCUUCAACGAGAACUUCCGGCGGGGUUUCCAGGUCGUGUUUAAGAUCAGUCUGUGCGCGGCGGACGGCCAGCGCAGGAAGAGCUACUCGCACAGACUGCAGGGCAACUCGGUGCUGCCGGCCAACAACGUGCAGACGACCGUGGAGCCCAUUUCGCUGAACAGCCUGGACAAGAAGGCUUCCAGGCGGAUCCACCACGUCGUUCCUGAGCGGGAGCUGGUGAUGGAGGACCUGGAGCAGGGAUCCGGCAGCAGCGGCGGCGUGACGGCCGUGUCCAUCUGAAGACGCGCCUUUUCUGAACUGUUAUUUGAGGAUGUUUAAAAUUGGAAUAUACUGUGCCUACAUAGAAUAACACAUCCAAAAUGAAUGGGGUUUAAAUGGUGAGUAAUAUUGAGUUUAGACUUAAAACUAGUUUAAAUUAGGAACGCACCGGCACAUUUCCUUUCCACUUCCGAUAUCAAUAUCUGAGGUUUAGUAUCGGCUGAUACUGAUCUAAUACAGAUAAUAUUUAAGAUAUAAAUGAACCAAAUGAUAAAUGUAUUUUAUGACACUUAAAUACACCAAUAGCUUCACAAGCUUGGCCAGACAUUUUAAAACAACAACUUUAAAGGGGCAGUGUUAUGUAAAAUCAGCAUUUUCAAGCUUUAUAUUAUGUCAUAAUGUUAGUCCCUCAUCAAAAACAAACUUGGAGUUUUGCCUUGACUGUUUCAUGCAUGCUCGAGAAAUCAUUUAAUCUCCAUGAGAACCAUUCAGCCAUGUAAAACGGCUGGUUGGACUUAGCCCCGCCUUCAAGGACAAAGCUCCUCCUCAGAGUUGAAGUUUCCAGGCUACUGAGCCACAGAGCAGCCCUCUCUCUCUUUCAGCUCCUUCAGACUAGCCAGCAGCAAUUAGCAAAAACCUCUGCUGAGCUCAUUAUAGGAGCCAUUUCUCAGAGCAACGCUGGUAAAACGUUAAAGGGUUAAUAGAGGAGCCAUGUUGUGAUGACUUCCUGAAGGUGGAACAUAAGAAAAAAAACCAGGAGUUUUUUAAAGAGACAGAGGCCCAAUUUUAAGGCAUUAAAUUACAAAGACACAUUUCUUUUACAUCAUAUUUGGCAUAAACAGCAUUUUUAUAAUAACUGGGACUAACCUGCUUAGUCCCAGUUCUUGGCAUAAUUUUAUGGCUUUAUUGUGCCAUGUGACAGGAAAACAUAACACUACUCCUUUAAUUUGUUCCGUCAGUGCAAUUAGGAGUUUAACAAAUAAAUAUAAAAAAUAAAUAGUAAAGAAACUGGCAAAAACAUUAUGUUGAUCGUUUCUUAAAUGGUUCAGGAAGUGCAAUUAGGAACUCUAAAUAUGAUGUAUAAUAAAUCAAAAAUAAUGACUUUGCUCAGAGCAUCGAAUUAUACUGAAUAGAUCUGCCCUGAUGAAUCAGCCACAUUGACACUGAUAAUUGAUUUUUUUCCAAUAUCAGGACCGAUACAGAUAUUGAUAUCGGAUCAGUGCCGCUCUAGUUUAAAAGUUACAUUUAUUCUUCUGAGUGAACAACCUACCUCUGCUGUUUACUCUUGAAAACAUUUUUAACAAGCAGUUUAAAUAGAGUAUUCUCUCUUUGGUAAAUAUUUAAUAACCACUUAUUGGGGGAACUUAAAGCUCAUUGUACCAUUUGUAUCGUAACUGUCACUUAAGUAAAACUAGAAGACUACUUCCUUAUAAAAGUUUAUGUUUUAUUAAAUAAUAAAAAGAGUGAACAUUUAUAGGCUGAGACACCUGCAGAGCAGAUUUCAAGAGUUUGAAUGAAACAUUUGAUUUUGGUUCUAGUAUUUGAGUCACGCAGUGAAUCAGAGACUUUUUCAUUAUCAAAGAGAAAAUCGGAAAUUGAUUUUGGGUUAACAACGCUUAUUUUACAGUGGAGCCCAGAAUGUUUUUCCAAAGUAUUUUCGUCUACAUAAAGACCAAAACAGCGGAUCCAAUUUGUUAUCUGAUUGGGUCGGACGGCGCCGCAGCUGUCAGAACACAAAAUUAAUCGGGCUUUACAAACUGUUAGCGAUUCCCUGUGACUGGGUCGCCGAAUGUCCGAAACUAAGCAGCGGACUGACGGGAAUGUCCUGAACGGGACAGGAAGUGAAACACGGCGACAAAGUAAAACAUCCACAAAAUACAAUCUAAAACAAAAAUAAGCAAAUAAAAGCAGAGGAACUAACUGGGCACACAGAAGUCUGAUCUCGUACCUAAAAACACGGCCAGUAAAUAUUCCAUUAGUGUCACUUUUUUGAGCCUUUAACACUUAAAUUUUAUUUAUGACUAACUCAUUCAAACUACAAUAUUCUUAUUUAUUGUUUCAUAAUGACAAUCAUUUUUUCGGAAAAACCAAUAAUCUGCUGAUGGCCCUCAAACUAGUUUGUCAAAAUAAAUCUAAAUUUUCUCUUGAUGAAGGAAUGACUACAGCUGCUCUGCUUACAUCAUGUUAAAGUUUUCAGUUUGAAAUCUGCUCUGCAAAGACGCCCAUAAAUGUGUAAAUACUUAGAGGAAUCUCCUGUGAGCCUGCUGUGAAUGAAUGUGGAGAAGAAAAGAUUUAUUGUUGCUUUAUUUUUAUAUGCCUGUGAAAAGUGAUCCUGUAAAGGGGCCUAAGUGAAGGCCUUGGGGGGCCUCUGACCUGUGGUGUUGCUGUAUAUAUAUAUUCUACAUCCUGCAGAGCCUGAAGCUGUGAGCCGACUGCUGAGAAAAAUCCUUCAAAUGAAGUUUAACAGAAUUAAUUAGCUCUGCUUUCAUUAGUAUUUCUGAAAAUUAAAAAUAGGUGCAUAUUAAAUAUCUUUAAUCAACAUGAACAACAAAGAUUCACGCCAUUAGCUGAUUUUAUAAGCAGACAAUCAUAAUGGCCCUCUGUGUCAUGUUAUAUUCAUAACUCUGGCAAACUGAAAGUCAUCCUAAUUAAAAGAUUCAAGACACUCAGAUCAAUCAAAAUAUAUAAAAUUAUUUUAACUUUACAACAACAGCUUCAGCUAGAUUUAUUUUUUAGGAACAACUGUGAGAGGAUUAAUCCAUCAGUUAAACUCAAUAAAAUUAAAGGUUUAUUUGAAAACUUUGAUGACACACUGCAAAAAUAAAAAAUCUUACCAAGUACUUUUGGACAAUUUUCUUGUGCAAAUAUCUUAUUAUACCACAGAACUAACAAGUAAC